AUGUCAACCUCGACGCUACCCGCUAGCAACACAGCCUAUGGCACUCGUGAAUACUGGGAAGAACGAUAUGCCGCAGAAGGCGCCGAGACGACGUUCGACUGGUUCCUCAAGCCGUCUUAUCUGAUCCCGAUCCUAGAACCGUAUAUGCCCAAGGGCAAGGAGACAAGAAUCCUCAUGCUGGGGUGUGGAAACAGUACAUUGGGGGAGGAGAUGUAUGAUGCUGGAUACCACGGGAUCGUUAAUAUCGAUUACUCGGCGACCCUGAUCGAACAGAUGAUCGGGAAGCAUGCCGAGAAACGACCGGGCAUGACAUGGCUCGAGAUGGACAUCCGGGAUCUCAAGUUCGAGGACGAAUCGUUCGACGUCGUGAUAGACAAGGGGACCAUGGAUGCCAUGUUGACGAGUAAAGGAGACGUCUGGAAUCCGGCCGAAGAAGAUGUCAAGAACUGCAACGAAGAGAUCCGGGAAGCUUGUCGCGUAUUACGGAAACGAGAAGGAUCAAUGUUUCUUUAUGCCACAUUCGGACAGCCUCAUUUCCGUCGACGCUAUAUGCAGGGUCAUCAAGGAUUCGCGCUGACGCACAAGGACAUCGGACCGCCCGAGGGGUUCAGUUAUUUUCUAUACGAGCUCAAGUGGACAGGGAGUGGGACUUCCUAA